AUGCGCAAGAUGCUCAGGGACAGAAUACUUCAACACCCGUUACUCUGCCGACGAUUGUGCCAGAGAAAUGCCAGCCCGUUACGUCCGUUCCGAUAUGUGAGGACAUGCCCUGGAACUAUACUCUUUUUCCUAACUUUCGGGGCCACACCAGCCAGACGGAAGCUAACCAAGAAUUGGAACAGUUUCGUCAGCUCAUUGAAGUCAAUUGCUCAGGGGCCAUUGUCAUUUUCCUUUGUUCCAUUUACGCUCCUUUUUGCACUGAUGAACAUCCCAUCAGAGUGCUCCGUCCAUGUAAGCGUCUCUGUCUGCAUGUACGUGACAGAUGUGAACCAGUAUUCAAUCAGCGGGCAGGUGGUCUUCCCUGGCCGGACCACCUCAACUGUGACAACUAUGAAGACAAUGACCUGUGUUUUUGGGCCGCAGGAACAGCUAAAUGAGGUCACAAUUCCCCCAAACCUGGUGUCCCCUGGUGACACCCCCAGUCCCCCAACAGAUAGUAGUGGUUCAUCAAUGAGCACGGCAGCAACUGAUCAAACAAUGUCAACGAGGUGCCCUAUAGAAAUGGUUGUCGCACGCAAACUUAGGAACAAGAGCUUCUCAUUUGCUGGCAUAGAUAAUUGUGGUCCAGGAUGUGGGGGGAUCUACUUCAGUGACUCUCAGCGAAAUAUUGUUGCCCCCCUCUUCAUUCUUCUCUUCGCAUUUGUUUGCAUUCUCUUUACUGCGUUUACAGUUGCUACUUUCUUCAUCAAUCGCAAUCGAUUUCACUAUCCUGAGAGACCAAUCGUGUACUUGUCACUCUGCUACCUGAUCCUGUCUGGGGCAUACUUCAUUGGGGCCAUUUCAAAACUCGUAGGUGGAGGAGACGUGUCUUUUGGAUGCACAGCAACAUACGCACGAUCCACGGAGGAGGUGGAGCAUCUCAUAACCGAGACUCAAUAUAGUGCUGAAGUAAUACCAGCUCUUCCAUCCCGCUUUGUCUUCCAAAGUCUUCCCAAUGACAAUGUCACCCUAAGGACAGCUUCUUGUGUCAUUCUAUUCCUCUUAGCGUACUACACACAGAUGGCAGCAAGCCUGUGGUGGGUUAUACUAACCUUUACAUGGUUCCUGGCGGCCGUGCUAAAGUGGGGCGAGGAAGCAGUGGCAAGACUCUGGCCCCUGUACCAUGUGGUGACCUGGAGUCUCCCUGCAGUGCAGACCAUCCUUGUGCUUGCGCUGCAACUGGUUGAUGGAGAUCAACUCUCAGGACUCUGUUACCCUGGGCAAUUCAGCCGUGUUGCUCUUGGAGUCUUUGUCUAUAUGCCUCUGCUGAUUUAUCUGCUUCUCGGAACUGUGUUCCUUGUUAUUGGUUUCUCAGCACUCGUCAAGAUCCGUCACGCACUAGAAAGGGACCCGGUUAAGGCACGGAAGUUGGGUCGACUGAUAAUCCGCAUUGGUGUGUAUGCAGGUCUGUACAUCCUCACCAACUCUAUUCUCCUCUUCAUCCAUACAUAUGAGCUAGCCGAGCGUGAAAGCUGGGAAAAGAGUUAUGUUGAGGGAGAAACAUGUCGCAGCAAUAGCAACCCUUCCCAAUGUGAAAACUCGCCAAACUUUGCCGCAUUCCUCAUCCGCUACAUCGCCCUCUUCUUUGUUGGGAUAUGCUCGACCUCGUGGGUCUUCUCGAAAAAGACCCUCAGUACAUGGACCAAGUUCUUUCAGAGCUGUGGCUGUGGUCAUGCGGGCAAGUCAGAUGUGAGCCAGGCAUAUGGUCUUCCUGAGAAGGACCCCAGGCGACUACAAACUGCAGUCUAGUAUAUACACGGACUAGACCCCCAGUAGCCCACUCAAGCAACAAGCAACCAAGCAAGCAGGCAUCAGACAGGACAGUUCGUUUUGCACUUUCUAAUCAUUUCCCACUCUUAUAAGUUUGACUAAAGCCAAAGAUACCAUAAUGGUGUGUUUCAUACAAUGUGUAAAUGUCCACCUAUGUUGUACUGUUGUGUGUGCAUACAUAGUAGUGUGUGUGCUACACCGUAUAUACGUAAACGCACGCUGUCGUGUGUACGCGGACC